CUGCAUAGCAGAGCCAUACAAAGCAGUGUGCUUACAGCGAAACACACACAGCCCACAUAGUAAAACAGCACAUAGUUAACCCUUUGAUCUCCCCAGAUGUUAACCCCUUCCUGCUCAGUGUCAUUAGUACAGUUAUUAUGCCGUAUUAAUGUCCCUGGUGAUGUCAGUGUCAGUUAUUGUACCUCCCAGCCAGCUUCAGUUAGUGUGAGAUUGCCCAGCACACUAUCACAGUCCCACAAUAAGUCGCUGAACACUGCCAUUAUUAGUCUAAAAAAAAAAAAAAAUAAUUCCAGCAUAUAUACC